AUGGCCUAUGUCUUUAAGAGAGGUACGCGUAAGGAACGCGUCCAGUUUGACAAGAUCACAACGCGUAUCGAUAAGCUAUGCUAUGGUCUCGACAUGAAUUACGUCAACCCUAUCGAGGUUACCCAGAAGGUCGUGCAAGGUGUCUAUCAGGGUGUUACCACAGUAGAGCUUGACAAUCUUGCCUCUGAGACCGCCGCCUACCUCACUACCAAGCAUCCUGACUAUGCUGUCCUCGCUGCCCGCAUCGCCAUUUCCAACUUGCACAAGGAAACUAAGAAAAGUUUCUCCCACGUUAUCGAGGAUCUCUAUACAUAUGUCAACCCCAAGAACAACCGCCCGGCGGCAAUGAUCUCCAAAGAGACGUACGAUGUUGUCAAAGCUAAUGCUGAAAUUCUUGACUCUGCCAUCAUCUAUAACCGUGACUUCCAUUACAACUAUUUUGGUUUCAAGACUUUGGAACGAUCAUACCUUCUUCGCCUCAAUGGACGUGUUGCCGAGCGCCCCCAGCAUAUGAUAAUGCGUGUCGCUGUCGGUAUUCACGGCAAUGACAUUGAUCGUGUUCUCGAGACAUACAAUCUCAUGUCUGAGCGAUAUUUCACACAUGCAUCGCCGACGUUAUUCAACGCUGGGACACCCCACCCUCAGCUCUCAUCUUGCUUCCUGGUUUGCAUGAAGGAUGACUCCAUAGAGGGCAUAUAUGACACCCUGAAGAGCUGCGCCAUGAUUAGUAAAACUGCUGGGGGGAUUGGUCUCAGCAUUCAUAACAUUCGUGCCACCGGGUCAUACAUUGCCGGAACUAAUGGAUACUCUAAUGGUAUCAUUCCGAUGUUGCGGGCCUAUGAUGCUACUGCCCGCUAUGUCGACCAAGGCGGUAACAAGCGCCCCGGUGCAUUCGCUAUCUAUCUUGAGCCUUGGCAUCCCGAUGUCUUUGAGUUCCUGGAUCUUCGAAAGAACCACGGAAAAGAGGAGAGUCGUGCUCGUGAUCUUUUCUAUGCACUCUGGAUUCCUGACCUUUUCAUGAAGCGUGUUGAAGCCAACGCCGAAUGGUCAUUUUUCUGCCCUAAUGAGGCUCCUGGUCUCCAUGAAGUCUAUGGCGAGGAGUUUGAAAAGCUCUACGAGAAGUAUGAAAAAGAAGGUCGCGCUCGUAAAUCAGUCCCGGCCCAGAAGUUGUGGUACGCGAUUCUCGAGGCUCAGAUUGAGACAGGAAAUCCUUUCAUGGUCUAUAAGGAUGCCGCCAAUGCCAAGUCAAAUCAGAAGAACCUCGGUGUCAUCAAGUCAUCCAACCUGUGCACUGAGAUCAUCGAAUACUCUUCUCCGGAUGAAACUGCGGUCUGCAACCUAGCGUCGCUCGCCCUCCCUACUUUUAUUUCUAAUGGUGCUUACGACUUCAAGAAGCUUCAUGCAGUCGCCAAGGUUGUCGCAUUCAACUUGAAUAGGAUCAUCGAUGUCAACUACUAUCCCGUUCCCGAAGCUCGCCGAUCGAACCUCCGCCACCGUCCCAUUGGUAUCGGUGUGCAGGGUCUAGCUGACACCUUCAUGGCUCUUCACAUGCCCUUCGACUCUCCUGAGGCCAAGAAGCUUAACAUACAGAUCUUCGAAACAAUUUAUCACGGUGCUCUGGAGGCUAGCGCUGAGAUGGCAGAGAAGGACGGCCCUUACGAAACGUGGAUGGGCAGCCCCGCUCAGCAAGGACAGCUUCAGUACGAUCUUUGGGGUGUCACGCCCACGGAUCUUUGGGACUGGGACUCGCUGAAGGUGAAGAUUGCCAAGACUGGCCUCCGAAACUCCUUGUUGACCGCUCCCAUGCCGACUGCAUCGACCAGUCAGAUUCUCGGCUUCAAUGAAUGCUUUGAGCCUUACACGAGCAACAUCUACACCCGGCGUGUACUUGCUGGUGAAUUCCAGGUCGUCUGUCCUUGGCUCCUCCGUGAACUCGUUGACCUUGGCCUCUGGGAUGACAAUAUGAAGAAUAUGAUCAUUGCGCACAAUGGCUCCGUCCAAAAUAUACCCAACAUUCCUGACAACGUCAAGGCCAUCUACAAGACUGUGUGGGAGAUCAGCCAGAAGAAGGUCAUUGACCUCGCCGCCGAUCGUGGUGCCUUCAUUUGCCAGAGCCAGAGUCUCAACGUGCACUUGCAAUCUCCGACACUCGGUCAGCUAACGAGCAUGCACUUUUAUGGGUGGAGGAAGGGAUUGAAGACGGGCAUGUACUAUCUCCGGACACGGUCGGCGGCCCAGGCCAUCCAGUUCACCGUCGACCAGAGUGUUCUGAAAGAGGCGAAGGUGCAGAAGUCGCAAACGACACCUCCCUUGUCUCGCAACCUGACAUCCGCAGCACCUGUCGUCACCCCCGCUAAGACUGCUCUUAACGCUUUACCCACACCUGCUUCCUCAUCGUCUUCGUCGCCUACAGCGUCGCCCUCAGAUACCCCUGCCUCGUCAUCUGCAUCGUCAUCAUCAAUGUUGGAUGACCUCUUGAAGGAGGUUGCUGAAGAAAAUCCGGAGUAUGCAGCUGCGCUGAGACGCCAGAAGGAGCGCGAGUAUGAAGCCGAGAAACUUCUGUGCUCCCUGGAGAACAAAGACGCUUGUGUAAUGUGCUCCGGUUAA